AUGCGCGACAUCCGGGGAUCACCUGGUAUCAUUGCGCCUGCGCACUUGAUCGCCUGGGCACUGCCGGCGAGUUCCGAAGCGCGGAGUUUUCAGGGUAGCGCUCAGAAAUUCCAGGUGGCAGUAAUGCUUCCUCCUGAGAGGAGCAAGCCGCCAUUAGAACAAAAGAAGAAGGAGGAGAUUCACACUGGGGAGAGGCCAUACAUCUGCUCAGACUGUGGGAGAGAAUUGACUCUGUCAUCCCAUCUAAUGGCACACCAGUCAGUUCACACUGGGGAGAUGUUGUUCAUUUGCUCAGAUUGUGGGAAGGGAUUCACUCAGUCAUCUCAACUAAAGGUCCAUCAGCGAGUUCAUACUGAGGAGAGGCCAUUCACCUGCUCAGAGUGUGGGAAGGGAUUCACUCAGUUAUGCAACCUACAGGCACACCAAUUAGUUCACACUGGAGAGAGGCCAUUCACCUGCUCAGAUUGUGGGAAGGGAUUCACUCGGUCAUCUCAACUGAAGGCACACCAGCGAGUUCACACAGGGGAGAGGCUGUUUACCUGCUCAGACUGUGGGAAGGGAUUUCCUUAUUCAUCCCAUCUGAAGGCACAUCAAAGAGUUCACACUGGGGAGAUGCCAUUCACCUGCUCGGACUGUGGGAAAGAAUUCUCCCGAUCAUCACAACUGAAGGUACAUCAGCGAGUUCACACUGGAGAGAGGCCGUUCACCUGCUCAUACUGCGGGAAGAGUUUCUCUCAGUCAUCUCAUCUGAAGGCACAUCAGCGAGUUCACACUGGGGAGAGGCCAUUCACCUGCACAGACUGUGGGAAAGGAUUCACUCUGUCAUCCUACCUUCUGGCACACCAGUCAGUUCACACUGGGGAGAGACCGUUCAUCUGUACAGAUUGUGGGAAGGGAUUCACUCGAUCAUCUCAACUGAAGGUCCAUCAGCAAGUUCACACUGGGGAGAGGCCGUUCAUCUGCUCUGAUUGUGGGAAGGGAUUCUCUCGGUCAUUUCAGCUGAAGGCACAUCAGCGAAUUCACACUGGGGAGAUGCCUUUCAACUGCUCAGACUGUAGGAAGGGAUUUCCUUACUUAUCUCAUCUGAAGGAUCAUCAGAGGGUUCACACUGGGGAGUGGCCAUUUAGCUGCUCAGACUGUGGGAAAGGAUUCACUCACUCAUCCAGCCUACAGAGACACCAGCGAGUUCACACUGGGGAGAGGCCGUUCACCUGUUCUGUGUGUGGGAGGGGAUUCACUCACUCAUCCAGCCUACUGUCACACCAGUCAGUUCACACUGGGGAGAGGCCAUUCACCUGCUCAGACUGUGGGAAGGGAUUUCCUCAGUCAUUUCAACUGAAACUACAUCAGCGAGUUCAUACUGGGGAGAGGCCAUUCACCUGCACAGACUGUGGGAAGGGAUUCACUCGGUCAUCCCACCUUGUGACGCACUACCGAGUUCACACUGGGGAGAGGCCGUUCACCUGCUCUGAAUGUGGGAAGGGAUUCACUCAAUCAUCCCACCUUGUGGCACACUACCGAGUUCACACUGGGGAAAAGGUCUAAUAAGCUGCUUGCUGGAUGUUUAACCAUCACAGUUGCUGAAUUCAGAGGCAAGUUCAAAAGUGACUGUCGGUGUUGAACUCUGUAAUUAUUGCUGCUGCUCAUCACACCCAGUUCUGUACCCUGGUCACUGGGCAUGGGAGGAGUUUCUUCUGCUGAUGUUCACCUUUAAUGGGACUGGAGUUUCAUAUUCUGGAUCAGUGACAAAUAAAUCUAUUUUAAACUUUGUCUCAGGUGCCUAGUGAAUCUCAACACACCCAGUGUACAGUAGGGAGUCCACUCAGCCCAGCUGAUCCUUGCCAGAGUUUCUGUUCCAUGACAGUCCUUUUAAAUUUGUUUCUGUUCAUUUCUCGCUCUCCCUGUGGUGAACAGUCACCGGUCUGUGAGUGAAGAGGUUUCCCUUGAUUUCCUGCAUGACUUUCUGCAGACUGACGAAGGAAAUUAGCUGACUGCAGUUACGUCUGACCUGUUCUUCAUCCUUCAAAUCUCUGUGUUGAGGAAGAAUGACACUGGUAGUUAGCCCUCUAGUUUAACAGUCAAUCAUCUGCUUGUAUUUUAAGUUGUCUUUGUAUGCAUUACAAUUUAAUAUGCCUCCGGUGACUGUACAAAGUAUAAUUGUGAAAGUUUCUUUGUACUUUAUUAAGCGAGCAAAUGUUUUCUCUGUUUGAUUUCUACUGAGUAUUGUCUGAGUGUUUUCUAAUUGGAUUAUUAUUAUCUAUAGAUUUGAAUGGGAUUUCUUUUAUCUUUGGAGAUAGCAGUUUUAUGUUUGGCGUUAUCUUUACUUUCUCUCUGUUCUUCAAGUAUUAGACCCCUAUCGCUGUUCUGCUCUUGUUCUAUCAACUUUGAAUAAAACAAUC